ACCUUAGAUUCGUUCAAUUCUCCUCACAGCAUCGCUCAUUUAGAGCGUUAGAGCCACGCCCGCCCCCCUUCAUUGCACGCGAUACCCACUACUCUUGAAACAAGACGACGCCCAGAAGGAAAACAAAUACCUGCGCGCGCGGUACACCCUCGACUCAUCAUGGCGCAACGCGAGGUCAUUGACCUGUCAUUCUCGAGCCCUCCCCCUCGAGCGGGGAGCUCUGCACCUUCGAGCGCAGUCAAGCGCAAGUCAAAUGCCGACCAUGGUGCGACCGGGAGCAGCUCGGACAAGAAGGCGCGCGCAGAGAGCCUUGUAGAGCUCAAUGGCCGCAAGCUCGUCUUCCACCAGGAGCCAUAUCAGAGGAAUAACAACGUCUUUCGACGAAAACGCAACAACUUUGAGGAAGAGAUCAUGGACGCCAAAGACGGAGGGAAGGCGCUCAAGGAGAUUCCAGAGGAGCUCUACGAUGCCGUGGUGAUGGCCGGCCACGAGCUCACCUCGAGCUCCGACGCCUUGUUCAUCAAGCACCUUGCGACUGAGCUCACAAAGGGGGAUGAUGACCUUCUGGACCCCGAGCUGUUGACGCCCUUGGUUACCAAGCUGUUCAAACUCACAAAUUAUGGAUUCCAGCCAGAAGACUUUGGCGUGACGCCGUCCAAGUUCGCUGUUGGUCUUCAGAUUCGGUGCUGGGAGGCCAAGGAUCUCGACAAGUACUUUCCCGAGGACCGUCUCGCCGACCUUCGUUCUCGGCAGGAGGUCCGCCAACGGGCGCGCGAGCAGUGUGAUCGCUUCAUUGCAACAGUGGACGAGGCAGGAAGGGCAGAGAUCCUCAAGGGUGAGAUCGUCGACAAGAUGGACAGGACAAGUGCGCCACGAAACUCGUCCGACUUUACGUCGCCAGUCAAGGCCGUCGAAGGGCGAAAGUCCCGUGAGCGCAGCGGUUCGGUGCUGAGUUCCGCUCCCUCCACCGGGUCUCCAACGAAGAAGAUGAAGACUGUUGCCGAGGAGACGAAGAAGACCAAGGAGGAACGCGAGGCCGAAAAGGAGGCCAAGAAGGAACGCGAUGCCGAGAAGGAGGCCAAGAAGGCUGAGCGUGAGGAGGAGAAGAAGAAGCGCGAUGAAGAGAAGAAGAAGCGCGACGCCGAGCGCGAGGAGAAGAAGCAGGAGCGCGAGGCGGAGAAGAAGGAGCGCGAGGCUCAAAAGGAGGCGAAGCGGUUGGAGCUCGAGGAGAAGAAGGCUCAGAAGGAACGCGAGGAGGAAAAGAAGCAGGAGAUCAAGGCCAAGCAGGCCCAGAUGUUUGGUGGCUUCUUCAAGCAGAAGGUUUCGAAACCCGCGUCACCUGCAACUCGUAACGUCAGCGAGGGUGCUUCUUCCUCCAAGUCGGAGAGUGACUUUCACCGAACCUUCAAGCCGUUUGUUCAGCGACCAAACGUGGAGUGGGCUCCCAUCAACCCCUUCAAACAGGCAUCUGCGUCGAGUAGCGCUGCAGGAGCGUCUGUUAGCAAGUGGUCUGCUCGAGACUUCCUCGAUGACCACCUCGCGCGCCACAAGCUCAAGCGUACGACACCACGAGCAAACGUGCCUCGCGGCCUCCGCACUGCCGCUCCGUUCGGGUCAGUUGGUGACCUUUGGGCCGCCAAGGAGGAGGCAUCAGAUCCCCGCAGUGUAGUUGCGCAGCUCAAGAACCAGGACCGCUUCCCUUGGAAGACACUGGCCUUUGACCAGCAGGUCCGGCCACCAUACUCUGGGACCUUCACCAAACCAUCACUCGUUGUUGGACCCCGUACGCCGUUUGCUCAGGACCCAAUCUUCGACUACUCGUAUGAUUCUGGGGACGACUGGCAGGACGACGAGGGCGGAGAUGACGUGGAUGACGCUGGGGAGGGAGCACAGGACGAUGUGGAGAUGUCGUCUGAUGAGGACGACGGCGAGUUCGACGACUGGCUCGACGACGAGGACGACAUUCUGUUCCAAGACACAGAGGCCGAGGCCCCCGCCACCGCCUCGCCCAAGCGUGCCGCCUCCCCGACUCUGAACGUCUUGCAACCGAAGCGUCCAAGGACAUUAGUGCCGAAGCGUGUCGCCAAGCUCCAGCCUACUUGGGUUGGCCCAGUGUGGGAGCAGCAGAUCGCAGAGCCCGUGGAGGCGACAGAGUCAUACCGAAUCCAGCUUCUCAAUGACACACCAGAAUCCAUCGAUCCUUUCACGUACGAGUCGAGCGACCCAGCUCAGUUCUUCAAAACAACCUUUUCCGACACGGCGAUUGGCAUGCACACCAAGGUGCGCUGCCUUCUCUCCGCGGAGGAGGUGGCACCACCCAAGCCGGCCGCUCCCAAGCCGGCCCCGGCAGCCGCCACACCACUUGGUGACGGCUCGUCUACGGCCAAUGCUGGCGGCAAGGCUGGCCGCGUGCCGAAGAUUGCCUUCCCAGCUGCGCACGUCGCCGAGCUGCUCAACCUCGUGGACGGCAGCUCCAAGAUUCUGUCCGACCUUAUUUCAAGCCUCAAGUCGCACUUUGACUCGACGACCAAGGCAGCGAUUGAGGCCAAGGUUCGUGAGGUGGCUGUCCGCGACGGCAAGGGCAAGGACAGCCAGUGGCGCGUCAAGGCGGAAGCCUGGGUGGCCGAAGGCCUCACCCCACCUGUUCGUGGCAUUGCAGCAGCGCUGGCCGGCUCGUCAUAG